UCGAGGUUAUCACAUCAUUAUUAAUUUAUGUGUGCGUGUUUCUUCAAGAUGACAAGUUUUAUCAUUGAUCAGAACAUUUCAUGAACCACGAAUUUAUAGGUAUUUGUUUCCUACAACUACCAGCCAAAUUAAAUCAAUUUAUUAAUUUUAUAUGUAUCAAUUUUCUUACAUCGUAAAAUGAAAGGUUUGACGAGCAUAAAGUGUCAAAAAUCAGCAAUAUUGUCUUUUUUCACAAUUAUUGCAUUGUGUACCGUAGCGGUAAGUUCUAAAACAGAUGAUUCAAGUAAAGAAUCUUCUCACUGUGGUGGUUGCAGCCAUAGCAGACAAAGCACUACCACAGAGAAUCUCUACGAGAAUGAAGCAGAUGAUUAUUGUUUAGCAAAUGAUCCACUUCAUACUUACGAACAUACUGCUACGAAUCGCAUAGGUCGUUUAAAAAACAUGGUCAAGAUAAAGGCGGGCACUUUCACAAUCGGUACAAACGAUCCUGUAUUCGUCGCUGACGGCGAAGGACCGAAACAACAAAUUUAUCUAGAUAGUUUUUACAUAGACGAGAUGGAAGUGAGCAAUCGUGAUUUUGGAAGAUUUGUUCACGCGACUAAUCAUCGAACAGAAGCCGAAAAAUUUGGAGAUUCAUUCGUAUUUGGAGGUUUGUUAGAAGAAAAAAUUCGAGCGAACAUAACGCACGCAGUUGCUCAAGCGCCUUGGUGGUUACAAGUAAAAAAUGCAAACUGGCAAAAUCCAGAGGGUCCUAAUUCUGAUAUAAAGAACAGAAUGGAUCACCCUGUUGUUCAUGUGUCGUGGAAUGAUGCCACUGCCUAUUGCGAAUGGUUAGGAAAAAGAUUACCUACGGAAGCCGAAUGGGAAGUUGCAUGUCGGGGAGGACUGUCGGAUAAACUAUAUCCAUGGGGGAAUAAAUUUACUCCGAAUGGUCAACAUAGAGCGAAUACGUGGCAAGGUGAUUUUCCAAAUAAUAAUACCAAGGAAGAUGGAUACGAAAGCACAUCGCCCGUUACAGAAUUCGCGCCAAAUAAUUACGGGUUACGUAAUAUGAUAGGGAAUGUUUGGGAAUGGACAUCUGAUUGGUGGACAAUUGAAACCAAAGCACGUGGCGGGCCUAAUAAUCCUAAUGGUCCACCUCACAGUACAGACAAAGUAAAGAAAGGCGGUUCUUAUCUUUGUCACAAGAGUUACUGUUUUCGAUACAGAUGCGCUGCUCGGAGCCAAAAUACUCCAGACACAACAGCUGGAAAUCUUGGCUUUAGAUGUGCAUUAAAGGCUUAAUUUUAAUACAAAAUGGAUCAAUUUAUUUUUAAAAUAAAUGCCAUUUCAAUACCUCA